GUUUUGAAUAAAGGACUUCCUGCCCAUGUAACAUGACUUCAUGAAGGUCAUAGGAAUUCUAAAAACAUAAGACGAGUUGCUUCUAUACGGAUAUACGUACGAGAAUUAACGUUGAAUUACAGAAAGGGUUGGUAUUAUUAGUAUAGUAGGAACUAUUUCCUUAAAUGUACGGUCUGUAAUUGACAUGGCUGCAUCCUUAGCACCAGAAAACUUUGUUCCCUAUUAUGGGGACGAUCAUAUUUCAAACGAGGAAAGCUUACGUAAAAUUUUGAAAGACAUCUCUCAGGUUCUACAAAUGGAGGAAUUUGAUCAGGAACUUCAAGAUUCCCUUCAAAGAGAUCAUCCAAAUUAUAUGGAAAAUAUCGAGGAUCGUGCUUUUGAUUUGUUGAAAAAAGAUUGUGCCAUUAUCGUUACAGGUGAAACAAGUGCAGGAAAAUCUUCGACAAUAAAUUUACUCCUGAAAACAGAUAUUCUUCCAGAAGGUGUAGAGGCAACGACAAACGUAAUUUGCAAGAUAAUGCAUUCAGAAGAGAAAUUGAUAAAAAUAUUUAACCGAAAAGGGAAAAUAUUUGAUGUAAUAGAUGACGAAAACGGAGAAACUGAUCCUCAAAACAUGGAGAAUUCGAGCGACUUUAAGGAAAGUUCCGACGAGGACGAUGUUGAACACCAAAAUCUUAUUCUUGAGGAAGAGCGUAACAAUCCGCAAAGUACCGAGGAAGGGACAGAAUAUAUUUACGUUAAGGAAAACGUCGAUGAUACUUGUGAUGUUUUAGAACGUAUAUUUGAAAGUGCUUCAAAUCCAUCCGAGGACAUUCAUUUCCUUGAAAUACACCAUCCAAUAAGGCUAUUGAAAGGAAACAUUACCCUUGUUGAUACACCUGGAGUAGGAGAUUCUGACGAACUCAAUGAAAUACUAGAUGAAUAUCUACCUUAUGCCGUUGCUUUUGUGUUUGUUGUAAAUCCAGUCAGCGGAGGAGGAAUUCAAGAAGAUAGGAUAGUAAAGGUCAUGAAGAGUAUAAAGGCCAAAACUGAUACGAUGAUAUGCUUUGACCCUGCUGAUGUUAUUUUCCUUGUUAAUAAAUGGGAUGCAAUGUUUGACAAGAAAAGGCGGAACACUGAUAGGCAGUGGCGCAAUGUUGUUGAUAGGAUCAAACAAUCUUGGCCAAAAGUGAAUAUUGAAAACAUCAUACAGAUGUCUGCCAAACUGGCGUACGAGAAAGAUCCGACCUACAGUUAUAAUUUUUCCUGCUUUGAAAAACGUCUGCAUUUGCUCAUUGACAAAAAUAUCAACAAAAGAAUAGAAAAUAGUCACAGAUUUCUUGCAGAAAUGUUAUCUACAUUAGAGAUGUUUAUCAACUCAAGAUUAUCCGCUGCAAGCAAAUCCUUGCCUGAAUUACAAACUGACUCAGAGAAGUGUCUUAAAAGAUUGGAAGGCCUUGAGAGAAAGAGCAAGACUACGUUGAAGACUUGCACAGACAUGUUGGAUGAUGCAAUAAGAAAACACGGAGAAAAUUUAAUGAAAUUUAUAAACUCAACGGCUUUUGGAAAUCUAGUUCUUCUCCAAGAUUCGACAUUAAAAAGAACGUCUCAACUGCGGGUUGGUGCUUUGAUAUCCAAAAGAAUUGAAGAGUCUAUUUCAGGUUGGAUCGAGGAGAAUGAUGAUAUAUUUAUUUCUGACUUAGACAGAAAUAUCACAUGGAAAUUUCAGGAAAUUCAAAGAGAAUUAGAGGAAAUUUUAGAGAGAUUAGGAGGGACGUCAAGGAACUUUGACAUUAGUAAAUUACUGAAGACAAUAUUUUCGGAGGCUUUAAAGAGUGGAUUUUAUGGAUUUGGCUUCGGCUUUUUAUCAUUUUCUCUUUUGGCCCCUAUUUGUAGCAUUCCUGUAUGCACCGCUGGUGCAGCGGUUGCAAUGGUACUUUCCUAUAAUUACGCAAAAGGUGUUGUUGAAACGCUGAAAUUAACGAAAAAAGAAGUCAUUGAGCAGUCAUUUUUAACAAGACGAAAUGCAAUCACCAAAGACACGGUUAAAAAAAUUUUAGAUCAAAAAUACGGAGGUCGAUACUCUCAAUUAUUUAAGGAGUUAUUCAGCAGGAUCAUCCCACAAGAAAUACAGAAUGGAAAAUGCUUGCUAAAAAAUAUAGAAAAGGAAUAUGAGGGCCUUGUACGUAAAAAGGGUUCUUUGGAAAAACUGUCUCAUGAGUUUGCAAAAAUAAGAACCAGUCUCCGAAGCUGCCAUUUCCUUGAUUCUGCAGUGUAAGAUCAAACUGGUCAUCACAACAUUGCAAUUGAAAAAUGAAAU